CCUCGGCCUCCUGUUUUGCCGUUAAUUGUCGUCUGAAAUGUCAAGUGACUUCUUUUAUUUUUAUUUACACAUUUCAAACCACAUUUCGCCCGACUUUUCCAAAUUUCCCGUAAAAACUAAUGCAUAAAAAUAAAAAAUGGUUCGAACACAAAUAGGUCCUGGGCCGGGCAAGUACUUGCUGCCGCCCCUAGUGGGAUACAAGGACCAUGACCCCAGCAAGUACCGCAACCCCCAGUACUCCAUGGGCUCCAAACUGCCCCUAAGUCGCAAAGACUUGGGGCCGGGCCCCAAAUACAACACCGAAUACAUGACAAACUACGGCAAAGCCCACCCGCCUGCCUACUCCCUGGCGUCGAGGCCCAACGCUUUGACCGGGUUCCAGGGGCCGGGGCCCGCGGCCUACGACCUGCAGAACGCCCCCAGAAUGAAGGAGCCCCGGCCCCCGGCCUACUCAAUGUCGUCGAGGCACCAGGCAGGGAAGGCUUUUGUCACGCCUGGGCCUAAUAACUACGAUAUUCCGACCACGCUGGGGCCCAAAGUGCCCGAUAAGCAUGCCAAUGGGGCCUUCAGCAUGUCAGACAGAUACAAGCAAAGCUCGAAGGAGCAAUCGCCCGGCCCUGCCAAAUACGACCCCACUUCGCCUAACGCUUACAAAAAUAAACCGCCGGCUUAUUCCAUGUCGAUUAAACACAAAGCGCUGCAGGAUAGGGGCACCUACCCCGGCCCUAGCAACUACUACCCCAAGCUGCCGGGCAAAGGGGGAUUCUCGUUCGGGCUGAAGACCGAUAACCCGCCUUAUAUAACCCCAGAUGAUGACAUGCCAUGUGUAAACAAAUAGACUAUUUUUUAUCCAA